AAUCUUGUUUGUUCUGUUAUAGGGCAGGUGUCCAUAUUAUGUUACAGGGUUGAUUGUUAGUGUUUCAAACAAUUUUUCGUUCGAUUUGAUUUAUUGAUGGCUAGGGCCCCAGCUAUAGGUAUUGAUUUAGGAACAACCUACUCCCGUGUAGGAGUUUUCCAACAUGGCAAAGUUGAAAUUAUUGCCAACGAUCAAGGUAAUAGAACUACACCAUCAUAUGUUGCCUUCACAGACGCAGAAUGUCUCAUUGGAGAUGCUGCCAAAAACCAGGUAGCCAUAAACCCUAAUAACACAAUAUUUGAUGCUAAACGUCUUAUUGGACGUCGCUUUGAUGACAGUUCUGUACAGUCUAACAUGAAGCACUGGCCAUUUGAAGUAGUAAAUUAUGCCGAUACACCACAAUUUAAAGUUACCUACAAGGGCGAAGAGAAAUCCUUCUAUCCAGAAGAAGUCAUUGCCAUGGUCCUUACAAAAAUGAAGGAAAUAGCAGAAGCAUACCUAGGGAAGAAAGUCAGCAAUGCUGUCAUCACAGUACCUGCUUGUUUCAAUGAGUCACAACGUCAAGGUAUUAAAUGGGCUGCAACCAUUGCUGGACUUCAGGUUCUACGCAUUAUUAGUGAGCCAGUUGUUGCUGCCAUUGCCUAUGGUUUUGACAAAAGGGGACAAGGUGAAAGAAAUGUCCUAAUUUUCGAUCUGGGUGGUGGUACCACUAAUGUAUCGAUUUUAACCAUUGAAGAUGGAAUCUUUGAAGUCCGAUCAAUCGCUGGAGACAAUAAUUUGGGAGGUGAAGACUUCGAUAACAGAAUGGUCAACUACUUCAUCGAAGAAUUCAGGGGAAAAUACAAAAAAAAUCUCACCACAAACAAACGUGCCCUUUGUCGUUUAAGAACAAGCUGUGUAAGAGCUAAGCGAACUCUUUCCUCAUUGAACCACGCUACCAUUGAAAUUGAUUCUCUAUUUGAGGGUAUUGACUUCUACACCUCAAUUACCAGAGCUAAAUUUGAAGAACUUAAUGCUGAUUUGUUCAAAUCCACUAUGAAACCGGUAGAAAGGGCCAUCAAGGAUGCCAACAUGGACAUAUCACAAGUGCACGAUAUUGUAUUGGUUGGUGGAUCUACCAGUAUUCCAAAGGUACAAAAUCUUUUGCAAGAUUUCUUUAAUUGUAAAAAAUUGAAAAAGUCAAUUAUUCCUGAUGAAGCAGUUGCUUAUGGUGCAGCCAUCCAGGCUGCUAUCUUACACGGCGAUAAGUCUGAGGAAGUACAAGAUUUAUUGUUGCUCGAUGUCACUUCAUUGUCACUGGGUAUUGAAACUGCUGGAGGUGUUAUGACUGGCAUUGUCAAACGGAACACCACUAGUCCCACCAAGCAAACUCAGACGUUCACUACUUGCUCUGACAACCAAUCCGGAGUACUUAUUCAGGUAUAUGAAGGUGAACAUGCCCUGACCAAGGACAACAAUCUCUUAUGUAAACUCGAACUUACCGGCAUCCCUCCAGCGCCUCGAGGUGUCCCUCAGAUCGAAGUAACCUUUGACAUUGAUGCCAAUAGUAUCUUGAACGUCGGAGUUAUUGAAAAAUCGACUAACAAAGAAAACAAGUGUACCAUCAACACUCAUAAAGGUCGUCUCCAUAUAGAAUACAUUGAAAGAAUCAAGAGCAUCAUGGAAUAUGGCAAGAUCAGCGAAAACGACAAAAACACCAUUAUGGAGAAAUGUAAUGAGGUUGCUAUUUGCUUGGAUGUAAAUCAAUUUGCUGAGAAAGACACAUUUGAACACAAAGAAAAUAGCUCGCAAGCACCUACAACCUCAUCAUCACCAAGUUGUACCAAUUUGCCGGUAGAGGUCCAAGAGCUGCAGACGUUGCCCGAGUUCCUGGACCAAUCAUUGAAGAAAGGAAACGUAUUCAUGAUGGCAGUGGUACAUAAACACCAUCCCGAUACUCAAUUAGAUCAGGUUCAAGCAGACCUGAUCAUCAGCAAACUGGAACGAGCAGUGGAUGAGGCUCCUAUUAUAAGUCAGAAUCGCCAAGUUCUUUUGCAGUUCCACAAAAUAUUGUUUAUCGCAGGGACCCUGUGGAUGACCUGUGCUAAUGCGUACACAAAAAAAUGGACUACUGAGGUGGUGAGGACUAUGGAGGACUUGUGGGAGGGAGCAGAAUUAAAUGUGGUCGACCGCAAUAACAUGUCUAAGCAACCCAUGGUCCUCACCCGCAUCCCCGACAAAAAGGCUGAUGAAGCAACUAUCAGGACCCGUCUAAGAAAACAAAAUCAAUACCUAAAGACAAAAGAUUGGUUGUUGGAAGAACGGAAAAUCGAGGAGGACGUGCAAAUCCUAGUCUACACGAUCGACGAGGUCUCUUAUAAAGCAUUGAUGGCUGCUCAUUUCAAUGCAUAUUACAAACUUGGAAAGGUAUCGUUCACAACCAUCAGAGGUCUAGAUGGUUCCAAUCAGAGUCCUGCAGGCACACCUCCAGCAUAAUAAGGCAGCUUAAAAAUUAGUUUUAAAAUUUCGUAGUAUUAGUUCAUUUUCAUGACAGUCAGAGUUCUAUAUUUACACCAAAUAAAAUGGCGUUGAUAGACUUUGUAAAUACUAAUCUUUCCAUGUGUAAAUAAAUACAUUUAAAAUGGGACGUCAUAGGAAUCAGUGAAGUAAGACGGAAAAAUGAGCUAUUGGAAUUAGCGUCAGGAAACGCAUUCUACUGCCGAGACACAACAACAGUAACAUAAAUAAAGCAUUAAAUAACAAUAAAAGUCAUUUCAAGUAUUUAAUUGGUGACUUUAAUAUCAAAGUGGGAAAGAGAAACUACAAGUAACGAGUCGUGGGAAAGUAUGGAGUCGGUGGUAGAAAUGAGAGGGGAUAAAGGCUGGUUCAGUUUGGACUCUACCAAAGUAUACCUACCAAUUGCAAAUACAUUGUUAAAGAAAAAAUCAAACAGGACUUGGGUAGCUACAAAUGGAAUCAACAAGAACGAAAUUGACUUCAUUCUAACCAACAAGAUGUCAGUGUAAUAAAUAAAUAAAUUUCAAACAGGCAGCUACCAUAGACUAAUCAGAGCAAAAAUUGUUCUGGAUCUGAAACUAGAAAGAAUAAAAUUAAUUAAAAUACCAAGAGUAACCGACAUAAAUAUUAACAAUCUAAAAGAAAACUCAGAUCACUACCAAAGGAGGAAUAAUGAAAGAAUACAUGACCAAAUCGACAGCUCCAAUUAAUGGAAAUCAUCCUUGAUAGUGCCAAAAAAAUCGAAGGCCCGUAACAACAAAACCAACAUAGUAAACUGUCUGAUAAAACUAAAAUAUUGCUAAAACAAAGUAGGGAAAUGAAAGUAGGCAGCAACAUACAGAGAAUACAAUUUACAGAACUUUGCAAGACAAUAAAGAAAGUAGU